AUGAAAUACAUUUCUUGGUUAAUCAUUCUUAUUUGUAUCGUCUAUGGUCUGUCAGUUCAGGCAUCACCUCUUCCUGAAGUUAACCACGCGAAGCGAUGUGAUCCAGGUGAUGGCCCUGGUUGUGGAUCUGGUGACUGCUGUGACUGUCCAGAAUGUUAA